AUGGCUGAUGACUCACAGCAGUCAGGUGCUCCUGGCAAUAACAGUGCAGAUCCUGGAGCACAAGUUUCAUCAGAUUAUAUCAAACUAAGAGUUCUAGGACAGGAUUCUAAUGAAGUCCAUUUCCGAGUUAAAUUUGGGACAAGUUUGGGGAAACUAAAAAAAUCGUACGCAGAUCGGAUGGGGGUAGAUGUGGCUUCACUGCGCUUUUUAUUUGAUGGACGGCGAAUAAAUGACGAAGAUACACCAAAGUCACUGGAAAUUGAGGACGACGAUAUUAUUGAAGUAAGUCUAUCAGGAGCAACUGGGUGGGUUUUGUAUUCCCUGAAAGUUCUGUUCGUUUCUAUGCGUAUUACAUUCUGCUGUAAUCCGUUAGCAAAAUGUCAGGUUCUUAAACAGUUCUCAUGUCGAACUCAGAACUUUAAAGCAUUUGACCUAGUAGCCUUUGGUUACUAG